CCUCUUAUUGCUGUAUUUAAACGGAGGAGGGCACAAACUGAGCACAUUACAACCAGCUCGCUGACUGUUGUGAACGUGUGCAGAAGACUACCAAAAGCCACCGAAAAUGUCUUGCUCUUGUGAGAACGUCCACUGUGUCAGCCCCUCCAUCAAUGGGUAUAAAUUUGACACUGCCAAUCGCAAGAAAGCGGUUGCCAACAUAUUCGAAAAUGUCAACCAGGAUGUCCUGCUCAAACUUUUUGUCAGGUCCGGAGACCUGAAAGCGAUGGAAAGAGUGCGGAGCAUUUACGACUACCAGGAUCCUGAUGGGAAAGCCAAAGCGCUGAUGGCCUUACAAGUGGAGAGAAAAGACAAACUCUUCCAUAUCACAGGACUGUCGCGUCAGUCCAUGAAAUUUCGCUGACUUUCUCCGAUUGUUUGGCUGUUUGGAUCUGGUUGAGUAGCCUAGGUUACAAGUCGAUGCCCAGUGUGAGUGGAUGCCGACCUGGCUGGCAGUACUGGAAUGAUGCGGCUGCUUUGGAUAAGGUUCGGCUGCAGUGGCGAAUGUGGCUCAUCGUGUUGCUUCUCUGUGAGAACGGAUCUGCAAGGAGUCCAGAGAAAACGCGCAGCUCCGAAAUGUGCAUGUGAAAUGAAAGAGCUUUUGUCCGCCGAAGUGCUUGUUAACUGGACUAGAGAAACUGUAAAGACACUCUCGACAUGAUUUCUGGAAGUGAUCAAGCUGACCACGAAGACGAAAUUGUCUUUAAAAAUGCUCUUGUUACAGAACUGUGAAAAUGUCUUAUCCAAGUAAUUGUAAUAAAUUUAUAUUUUACAUAUUUA